AUGCGCACGUCAGUUGAUUUCAUUGCGUGGUCUAAUAAUCGUGGAAACUUCAUUGAAAUAUUAAAGUGGUCUGCUACAACUGAUCCAUUAGUUAAUGCAAUUCUUCUUGACAAUGCUAAUAAUGCUUCAUAUCUGUCUCCCUCAAUUCAGAAUGAACUGAUAAAUCUAAUGGCAAACCAAAUACGAAAACAAAUAGCUGAAAAAAUCGGUGGUCAUGUUUUUGCACUUAUGGCAGACGAAGCAAAAGACUGUAGUGGACAUGAACAAUUGAGUAUUGUUUUAAGAUGUAUUUCACAUGAAACAUCGAAAAAUAAUGAUAAAAUUGAUCGUAAUUCAAUGUUCAACGAAUAUCUUUUGGGAUUAGUGAAAUUGAACGAGUUUGAUGCUGAAAGUUUGAGUAUUGAAAUAAUUAAAUACUUGUCAUUUUUUAACAUUGAUAUAAAUAAUUGUAUCGCGAUGUGUUUCGAUGGAGCAUCUGUCAUGAGUGGGAGACACGCAGGUGUUCAAGCUAUUCUACGGCGAAAUUAUAUGACUAGAGCCAUUUAUAUACAUUGCUUCGCGCAUAAGUUAAAUCUUGUAAUUCGUGAUGUGUCUAAAGUUGUCCCAUAUUUGCCAGAGUUCUACUCUAUUGUCUCAAAAAUUUAUAGCUACUUUCAUUCAUCUAGUGUGACUAGUGAAUGUUUUAAAAGCGUUCAACAAAAAUUAAUGAUCGGACAUAACAUUUCUACAUCGCUAAAGCAUUGGUGUGAUACACGUUGGGAUAGUAGAUGGUCCUCAAUCCAUGCAUUAAUUCAGAAUUAUAAAGUUCUCAUAAUUUCUCUGGAAGAAUUAGAAAGUGAAGGUGAUGAAAGGUCAGUAGAUGCACGUAGUUUAUUAAUGGCACUUCGAGUACCAACAUUUAUUAUUACUCUUUUUAUUAUUCACAAGAUAUUUGGUAUUAUUAAAAUACUUUCAGAUCAACUUAAAGCUAAAACCAUUGAUUUUUGUCACGCUCAAUUUUUAAUAAAAUCGGUUAUUGCUAAAAUAGCUGAUCUUCGUGAUGAACAUGCAUUUUCUCUUAUAUAUACAGAUGUUAUAAAUUUUUGUCAACAACAUCAUAUUGAUCUUUCAUCAGCACCAAGACAGAGAAGAAUUAAAAAGGUAUCAUCAAGAUUUAAAGAUGUCUUUAUUACUAGUGCUAUCGGUCAACGCGAUAAUUUGAACAAUGAAGAUAGUUAUCGAACAAACCUUUUUUAUCCAAUAAUUGACGCUGUAUUAAUCGAGCUGAAUGAUCGUUUUUCCAUUCAUAACAUAGAAAUGUUGAUUAGUAUAUCAGCACUUUGUCCUGACAGCGAAAAGUUUUUAGAAAGUGAAUCAUUAAAACCAUUUGCAUUGGAAAUGAAAGCUGAUUUUUGCUCAUUAUGCAAUGAAAUCGAAGUUCUUAAAUCUAUGUUGAAAGAUACAAAUUUGGAAAACAUCGUUGACCUAUAUCACCAAGUAUUACCACUCAAGCAGGCGUUUCCAACAAUCAUGUCUCUUAUUAUCAUUGCUAUGACUAUACCUAUUUCAUCUACUACGUGUGAACGUACGUUUAGCAAAAUGAAAGUAAUAAAAACAACUACACGAAACACAAUGUCAGAUAAAAGAUUAAAUGAUUUAUGUGUUUUGGCAGUGGAGCGUGAUUUUGCAAUUGAUUUUGAACAGCUCAUGAAUGAUUUUGCUGAUUUACAUAAAAAUGGUAGAAUUUUGCUGAAAUAA